AUGCACAAAUCUAAUUCGUCAUAUUUCGCGGACGUCGAUAUCGCACGAACUCAUCUAGUCUGCACAUUAUUCGCGAAGGGCAUCGAUCAGAUGCGCGGUGGAACCGCUGCAUACACCGGGUCUAAGAAGCCCGUGUUCGGCCUUGCACUCGGCGCAGUAUCAUGCAACUUCAAGCGCGAAGUACGCCCAUAUGAAGAGUACGAAAUGUGGUCUAAAAUUCUAGCCUGGGACGAGAAAUGGAUCUACAUCGUAACCCACUUUGUCCGCAAGGACGCCGCUAAACCAAAGAAUUAUUCACUGUAUCCCGAGCAGUCACCGAGUCAGAGCCGACGGAAUAGCACUACAGAAUUAGAUGAGGAUCAACUACGUCGCUCUAGUCUCGACAGCGUAUCGUCCAACAGCAGCAACAUGGAAAAUGAGGUCAAGCCGGACAAGCAUAUCUUUGCCACAGCUUUGAGCAAAUGCGUCUUUAAAUCCGGCCGCAAGACUGUUUCACCGGAACUCAUGCUACAGAUGUCCGGGUUAUUACCGGCAGGUACAUCCGAGGAAAAAGCUUUCGACGAGGUCACAAUGCAGGGCAUUGAGGCGCAGAGGCAAAAGGGGCUUGAGACCGCGCAACUCCUUGCCGGCCAGACCCAACAGAAUCUCGAGGCCGAAUUCGCGGGCUCGGAUUGCGAGGCCUUGGGAAGACACACGGACGGUGCAGGCAUUGUUGGAGUAGUCAACACUCUCAUGCAGCUUGCGCGUUUGAAAAAGACGCAGAUAUUAUGA